CUGUAUCCAUCACAAUCACUAGCUAAACCUCUCACCUCUUCUAUUAAACCCUAGAUCUUCAUCUUCCUCUCGCCGUCGCUCCGCCGUACCGCCGACGACAAAUGGCUGCCUCCGCUUCCCCUGCACUCCGCACUCCUUCGCUCCGGUUUUCUUCUCUCUCUUCCAAGCUUCCUGUUUCUUCGGCUUUUUCUGUUAAUCUUCGUCCUCGGAGUGUUGGCGGGGGGCCGCGGUUUGUUGUGCUCGUUUCCGCGUCUUUGAAUGCGAAGCCGACGGUUCUUGUUGCGGAGAAGCUUGGUGAAGCAGGUAUUGAUCUCCUCAAGGAAUUCGCUAAUGUCGAUUGCUCGUAUAAUUUGAGCCCUGAGGAGCUCUGCACCAAGAUCUCGCUCUGCGAUGCGCUUAUUGUGCGGAGUGGGACUAAGGUUAGCCGCGAAGUGUUUGAAUCCUCUGGAGGGAGGUUGAAGGUCGUUGGGAGGGCUGGUGUUGGCAUUGACAAUGUGGAUCUGGCCGCCGCUACUGAGCAUGGUUGCUUGGUGGUGAACGCUCCCACUGCCAACACCGUGGCUGCCGCUGAGCAUGGAAUUGCGCUUUUGACUGCAAUGGCCAGAAAUGUUGCUCAAGCCGAUGCGUCUACUAAAGCUGGGAAGUGGCAACGCAACAAAUAUGUAGGUGUAUCGCUUGUCGGGAAAACACUGGCUGUAAUGGGAUUUGGAAAAGUUGGAUCUGAAGUUGCUCGUCGUGCAAAGGGACUUGGCAUGCAUGUAAUUGCACAUGACCCAUAUGCCCCAGCUGAUCGCGCUCGUGCCAUAGGCGUUGAGCUUGUGAGCUUCGAUGAAGCCAUUGCAAUUGCUGAUUUCAUCUCUUUACAUAUGCCUUUAACUCCAGCCACGUCAAAGAUUCUCAAUGAUGAAAAUUUUGCGAAGAUGAAGAAAGGAGUUAGGAUUGUGAAUGUUGCUCGUGGAGGAGUGAUUGAUGAAGAAGCUCUUGUGAGGGCGCUGGAUGCCGGAAUUGUUGCUCAGGCUGCACUUGAUGUUUUCACUGAGGAACCACCCUCUAAGGAUAGCAAGUUGGUUCAGCAUGAGAAUGUCACUGUCACUCCCCAUCUCGGUGCCAGCACAAUGGAGGCUCAGGAAGGAGUUGCUGUUGAAAUAGCUGAAGCCGUUGUUGGAGCCUUGAAAGGGGAGCUUGCUGCUACUGCUGUCAAUGCUCCGAUGGUUCCUGCAGAGGUGUUAACAGAGCUGAAACCAUUUGUUGUACUCGCUGAGAAAUUGGGAAGAUUGGCUGUCCAAUUGGUAGCUGGAGGAAGUGGUGUGAAAACUGUGAAAGUAACAUAUGCUUCUUCUAGAGCCCCUGAUGAUCUUGACACCAGACUUCUUCGUGCCAUGAUAACCAAGGGUCUAAUCGAGCCCAUUUCUAGUGUUUUCGUGAACUUGGUCAAUGCUGAUUUUACUGCCAAACAGAGAGGACUAAGGAUAACCGAGGAGCGAGUCAUUCUGGAUGGGUCACCCGAGAAACCAUUAGAAUACAUUCAGGUCCAGAUCGCCAACGUGGAAUCAAAAUUUGCCAGCGCUAUAUCAGAUAGUGGAGAGAUAAAGGUGGAAGGACUUGUGAAAGAUGGAAUCCCUCACCUCACGAAGGUCGGAUCCUUUGAAGUUGAUGUAAGUUUGGAGGGUAGCAUCAUACUCUGCAGGCAAGUUGACCAGCCAGGUAUGAUUGGAAAAGUUGGAAGCAUUCUUGGAGAAGAAAAUGUUAAUGUCAGCUUCAUGAGUGUUGGGAGGAUCGCUCCUCGAAAGCAGGCUGUUAUGGCCAUCGGUGUCGAUGAUCAACCCAGUAAGGAAUCUUUGAAGAGGAUUGGUGAUGUUCCAGCGAUUGAAGAGUUUGUUUUCCUCAAGUUGUAGAAUGUGGUCAUGAACAUGACCCUUUCCUUCCUUCUUUCCCCCAUCGUUCUAGUCUGUGUACCACCCUCUCGGGAUUUGGGUACAUUCCUACAUGUUUGGCCCCAAUUUUGACAAUUUUCAUUAAAAUAAGUUGGUUUGUUUUCUCAACUUUUUAAA